GUCAGACUCAGAGAAUGCAACUCCCAGCCACUCAUAUCCGACCGGAUGCAGAUUUGUGUGUCCCUUGGUGAAGUUUGUUCUACAACAACAGGCUUCUACAUAGAAGAGGCAGGUGCCAAUACGAUACGUGCACAGGAAAGAACCUUCAUCUUAAUUUCAGCCCUGUGACCUCCUGUUAACUUGAGAGCUUGAUUUAGCCAGCACAAGCAGGAUGGAUGAGGAAGCCAGGAGCUUCCUGGAGAAGUUUGUAGAAGAGUUCCCUGCUGCCUUAGGGGAAAACAGUCCACUACCUGUGACACCUCUGAGCCGAAAAGUCACGAUGGAUGAGCUGCCUGGAGAAAGUCUAGAUCUGGGCCUCAGGCUGCUGGCUGUCAGAGGCGCUCCUACGGUUUUCAGCGCCCUCUUGUGUCAGGCAGCGCUCUCCAAACUGCUCCAAGAUGACCUUUCACCUUUCUCCUGCCCACAGGACAAUGAUGGGGAUGAGGAGGAAGAAGGAAAAGUCAUUUUGCUGGAGUCAGGGGCAGUCCAACGUCUUUUCCUCAACAAGCUAAUAGGAGUGGCCCUGUUCUGGCAUCAAAAGGCCCUCCAGCCUCUGUUGUACCAUCCUCAGCUUCGGCCUUGCUCAGUCCAUGCCAUCAAAAAUUCCAGGAGAAAGAUGGAAGACAAACACUUGGCCCUGCCUGAGUUCAACCAGCUUUUUGGGAUCAAGGACGGAGUGGAUCGUGCUUACUAUGCUGUUUUUGACGGACACGGAGGCGUGGAUGCUGCCACCUACACUGUCACCCACCUCCAUGUAGCUCUGAGCAAACAGGAAACACUGCAGAGUGAUGCAGCCACAGCUUUUAAAACUGCCUUUAAACUCACCGAUGAUAUGUUCAGGCUCAAAGCAAAGAGAGAGCGCUUGCGCAGCGGCAGCACAGGUGUGGCUGUGCUGAUUCAGGGUCAGGAGCUGACUGUGUCCUGGCUUGGAGACUCUCAGGCAAUGCUGGUACGGAACGGACAAGAUGUAACACUCAUGGAUCCCCAUAAACCAGAGAGAGAGGAUGAGAAACAGAGAAUCGAGGACCUUGGAGGCUGCAUCACCUUCAUGGGCUGCUGGCGUGUUAAUGGCACAUACGCAGUAUCAAGAGCUAUAGGUGACUUCGAUCAGAAGCCUUACGUGUCUGGAGAUGCAGACUGCACCACAGUCCAGCUCACUGGAGAUGAGGAUUACAUACUACUGGCGUGUGAUGGCUUCUUUGACACAGUGAAACCUUCUGAGGUCCCAGAUCUUGUUCUGCAGGCUCUCCAGCAUCAAGAUGACCCCGAAGGAGGAGAAGCUCCGCAGCAACUUCCUGAGGAGAUCAACGGACUGAAAGUAGCCCAGCAAUUGGUAAGCAUUGCAAAAUCAGCUGGCUCCAGUGACAACAUCACAGUGAUGGUGGUGUUCCUGCGUCCACCCGAGCAGCUGCUGUCUUAGAGCUCAACCAAAGAAAGAGCACACUCUAUUGAGGACCCCAUUUCCCAAGAUGCCACACAGCAGUGAAGGAGGAAACGUGCCAAAGAAACACAAUUUUUGCCAAGUAGCUACCGUGAAGAAGGCCUUGGACUGUGAUUCUCUCAAUAAAAAAAAAAAAACUUACAAGAAACAAAAACCUUCCCCUUCAGCCCUAUCAGAAUGUUUUUUUUUAACAAAGACAAAACAUCUCUGUGUAUUCUUCUUUAAUUAGUUUCUUUUUUAACUUUAUAUCCUCAAGGUCUGCAAUUGUACCUGAUUGUUACAUGUGCUUUUAUUUUUAUAACCACAUCAGACAUUGAAUACAAUUUUAGUUCACCUGACACCUAAUGCACCUGAUUUAUAGUGCGUUUUUACUUUUUACUGUGUGUUAUUAUUAUAUUACUAUUUUUAGUUAUUGUGAAAUAUCUGCAGGGGCUCAGUGCUGAGAUUUUAUGAAAAACAAAAGCAUGUAAUUAUAUAUUUGUGAGGCCAUGUUAUAGUCAACACAUUUACUAUAAAAAACACAGGCUCCAUAUAAGAAGCAGUUCAGCAACACAGCCGUGAUACACUGCACACACAACCAGUGUGGACCAGGUUUAAGGUCAGAAAAGAAUAGAAUCUUGGAGCUUGAAAGACAUUUUGUUCCUCAACUAACAUGACAGACACCUGUGAGCAUCACUGUAUGUUUUUGAGGUUGUUUUUUUUUUUUCAAAUUCAGUAUUAAUGUUGAUCUUGCAAUGACAGCAAAGGGCUUUGUCUCUUGGCAAAAACUUUUCUAUUCAUUUUCAAAAUCCUCACGUAGUACUUUGUGGCACAAAAGCUAUAAUACAGAUGAUGAAAUGGAAAUGGCUGAAGCCACGGCAGAAUACAUAACCAGGCUCUUUUGUUGAACCAACCUCUGAAAAUAUAACUGAAGAAUUUCUACAACCUUACAACAACUUAAAGUGGGGCAUUCAAGGUCUGUUUAAGGCCUAAUAGACUUAAUGGAGAGAGACACUUUGUCUUCACAUGCUCAACAUACGGUUCAGAUCCUGUCAGCUGCCUAUAGACAAAAGUGUUAAGUGUCUCUUCAGGCCUUGUUUAUUUUAAGUGGCGACUGCUUUGAGGAAACCCCGCCACUAAGUCACAAAGAAAGUGUUCCCACCGGAGUCAUUUUAUUUAUUGUGACAUCACAACCGAACCUUUCCGGUCACAUACUGCAUUUUUUGACUCUAAGCUGUUAAAAGUCAUAUUGACCAUCUGUUAAACUGUGCUUUAUGUAUCUAACAGUCCAGGAGCUUGUUAGCCUGAAGUGUGCUGCGUCUUUGACUGGACCACAGUAUUUCUAACCACUAUGUUUUUUGGAAUAAUAUUUUUUAUUUGUCUUUUAUUUUACAAUUUAAACACACCUCGACACUGACAGAAUGACAUCAAACUAUUGAUUUUUUUUAAAUGGUGUAAAUUAAAGUGUGUUGUGUCUCUUUC